AUGGAAACUAGCAUCCACCUCAGGCGGGUUAUCCAAGAAAUGCGGGCGGAAAUCAACAGACUGGAGAAAGAGAACCAUGCCCUCCGUGUGAAGCUGACUUCAAUUAGUCAGACAGCAUCUAGCUCAGGGAGAAAAUCAGAAGGUGAAAGAGAAGAAGCAGUGUGUGACCAGUCUUCAGGGAGCCUUCCUGGUGAUCGUCCCAUGAAUUCUGCACCAGUUGUGCAGGAAUACCAAGGCAAUGUCAUGAUUGUCAGACGCUAUGCCGUUUCUCCAUCAGUUCACUCCUAUGCAGCCAAUGACCCCUGGGAAGCUAAAAACAGACUUCCAAAUAAUGGAACGUCAUUGGCCUGUUCUUCAACUAGGAAGCAAGACAGUGAAGAAAAGAGGUUGGCAGCAGACGCUUGUGGCAGCCAUAGCUCCAGUCAGAGAGCUUCUUCCGAUGACAAUUUUGUUUGCAGGGAGAAGACAAAGACAGUCAGUUUCCAGUUACCCAGGGAUCGGUCAUCAGUUCCCAAAAAUUCACAUCCUCUGAAGAACUCAACAAAUGAGAGCACAGACCCCUUAAGCCUCAUUGCAGAAAAGGGUGUGUGAAAUAAAUAGAUUCCCAGGAGAUGGGCACAGGCAGAUCUGUGUCAGUGAUCUUCCCAGGAGAAACUCUGCCAAGAUGUCCGGUAACACACACACAACCUCAGUCGGUAUUCACUUGCUGCACUUAAUGGCCAAGGAAUAGGAGUGAUUGUGUCGUCUUGUAGCUGAAUUUGAAGAGAAGGUGUGAGUACAAUGUUUAGCAUAUGACACUGGAACUUAUAUCUACCGAGUGUGCAGCAUUGCACUGUGUAGCAUCUGGAAACACUCCUGGGUCCCUUUCAGAGGAGAUCACAGCAAACCUAGAAAAACUUGUUUCGGUUAAGCAGUGGUUCUCAACCUGUGGGUAGAGACCCUCUUGGCAACCCAAGGAAAUAAUUUCAUGGUUGGA